GUUACAUAUAUAUCUCAUCUACGUUCCUUCUCGCCUGCCCUUUCUUCCUGCUUUUGCAAAUUUCACCUCCUCAACGUCGGACUACUUCAUCUUGCCUCCAAUUUUCUUUCCAACUUCUCUGAAAUCGUGCUUGCGUGCCGUUGCCAAUCUAACGAAACGAAGCUAAGGACUGAGCAAAACGUAUGAUUAAUCAGCAGCAGCAGGGUAUGUCAAGCUACUUGCUCGUGUUUGCAGCAGCUUGGGCAUCCGUGAGGUCGCCCUGCCACUGUGGUGAUCGGAGCAGGUAGGUAAUCGCAUGAGGCGUAGGGUCAAGAUGGAUAGACGUUUCGCCGAUAUUAUUAAUUGCAGCACUCGGAGUGAACCCGAACAAGCUACCCAGGCAUUUGUCGUCGGCAGAGCACGGUUCAACCUGUUCCACUCGCUGCAUGUAUUUAAGCUUUGGAAUCUCUGCGAAUCAUGUCGAAUGGCAGAAGUGUCGAGCUAGUAUUUCGAGCGACAGACAGAACAAGAUAGUUCUUCCGACUGGCUUGAGAGAAAGAAUCUCAGAUCUGCCUUCGUAUAUAUAUUUUCUUUGAAUUUGGCCUCGACCGACCCAACAGUUCCAGUUAAGUUCCGAUCCGUUCUCGGAGACGCUAGCUUCACAUAAAGAUAAAACAUGACCUCCUACAACCUGUACGAUGGAACGGUGGUGUAUUUCGCCGGUGGCAUGAGGGCGCUGGCGCACAUCCUCUCCAAGGCCGAGCAGCACUGCAAGGAAAACAACAUCCCCGAGAAGGAGUUCAUGGAAGCGUCCCUGGCACCGGACAUGAAACCGCUCACCUUCCAGAUCCAGACCGCCUCCGACACCUCUCGCAAGGCGGUGUCCAGGCUGACGGGAUCGCAGCUGACGUCGAUCCCCGACACCGAGUCGACCUUCGCCGAGCUCCAGGCGCGCAUCGCCAAAACGCAGGAAGUCCUGGAAGCGACGAAGAAGGAGGACUGGAACUUUGACAUCGCCGAGGAAAUCACCGUCCCGCUGGGCCCGCGAGAAAUGACGUUCACGAAGAAGUCGUAUGCGGAAGGCUUCGCAGUGCCGAACUUCUACUUUCACGUCGUGACCGCCUACGCGAUCUUGAGGAUGAAGGGCGUGAACAUCGGGAAAGCUGACUACCUUCGUCCUAUCAUGGGCGUCCCUGCAUAGUCAUAUUUAUGGAGGGUUGCACGUCGGGAUUUUCACGUUCUCAGCGAUCGGAAACCUGCAAGCUAAAAGCCCAAAGGUUUACGAAAGCUCGAGGACAAUAAAAAAAAAUAAAAAUUCAAGAAGCACAUAUCAAGAAUCACAAUUAAAGGUUAUUUCAACACUGCUAUCAUUUCCCACUUCGGCUAGCAUCAGCAAAAC